CGACGACGACGACGGCCCCGCUUCCGUUUCCGGGUCGCUCCCAGCUCGGGGCGAAGCGAGGCGUGAAGUGGGGGGGGCGGGAGGAGAAGCAGGACGACUCGCUCGCCGUCGGAGCCGCCAUCGUUGCCUGACCUCGCUAUGCCCAAAGGAGGUAAAAAAGGGGGCCAUAAAGGCCGAGCGCGGCAGUAUACAAGCCCGGAAGAGAUCGAUGCCCAGCUGCAGGCUGAGAAACAGAAGGCCAGGGAAGAGGAAGAGGAGCAAGAGGAAGGCGGCUCUGGGGCCUCCGGAGAACCCAAGAAGAAAGAGAAAUCACUAGAUUCGGACGAGAGCGAGGAAGAAGAGGGCGAAGACUAUCAGCCGAAACACAAAGGAGUGGAAGGCAUGAUCGAUAUAGAGAAUCCCAACCGGGCCGUGCAAACCGCUAAAAAAGUUACUCAGCUCGAUUUAGAGAGCCCGAGGGAAUUGUCGCGGAGGGAACGAGAAGAGAUUGAAAAACAGAAGGCAAAAGAAAGGUACAUGAAGAUGCACCUGGCAGGGAAAACGGAACAGGCGAAGGCCGACCUCGCCCGGCUAGCCAUUAUCCGGAAACAGAGAGAAGAGGCAGCCAAAAAGAAAGAGGAAGAGAGGAGAGCUAAAGACGAAGCAGCCAUGACAGGCAAGCGGAUGCAGUCGCUGUCCCUCAACAAGUAAAGGCAGCCCCCUCCCCCCCGAAGAGGAAGGACACCCCCCGGGAUGGUGCUGGGCCUGGCACCCUUCGGACUCGCUGCGGCGUCAAAUUUCCCAGAGAGGCUGCAGGAGGAGGGCGGCGGCAGCAGCGAUGGCGGCCUCACUAUCACCUCUGAAGAGACACUGACCGCUCCGUGUUUGUCUUCAUCUGGGCACAGAAUUCCACGGGAUUACUUUUGGGGGGGGGAGGGCAAGU